AUGUCCCCCCCUGCCCCGGCCGUGCCAACCCCAAAGUCGACCACCUCCUCCUCCCCCUCGCCACCACGCCUCCUCCCCCCUCCCCCUCCCGACCUGGGCCACUCUCCCCGCCCGCGCCACCCCGCCGCUGCCUCCCCCUCCCCCGCCCGGGAACCAAGGCCACACGGGGGGGGGGAACUCACUACCCCACAACACCACAACUACCCUACUACAACGACACGUACUAACUACACACCUACAACCACCACUACUACAACUACACCUACAUCGCCGACAACUACUACCUACAACCAAAACAACCACGACCCAAUAUACAACAACCAAACAACAAAACCACCCACCACAACUACACCCACAACACCAACUUCUUUAACUUCACCAACAUCAAUAAGUACGGAUACACCUACAUCCACCAUUACUACAACUACAACUACUACACCUACCACCACCACUACAACACCUGUCACCACGACAACUACGCCAACAACCACCACAACUACGCCUACAACCACCACUACAACACCUACAACCACAACUACUACACCAACAACAACUACUAUACCUACAACCACAACUACCACACCAACAACAACGACCACUACACCUACAACCACAAGUACUACACCUACAACCACCACUACUACAACCACCACAACUACACCUACAACAACGUCCACUACUACACCAACAACCACAACUACUACACCUACAACUACUACACCUACCACCACAACUACUACAACUACCACUACUACACCUACAACCACAACUACUACACCUACAACUACAACUACUACACCAACAACCACAACUACUACACCUACAACCACUACUACUACACCUACAACUACCACAACAACACCAACCACGCCGACCUCACUAACAUCACCAACUACAACAUCUACAACCACAACUACUACACCUACAACUACAACUACUACACCAACAACCACAACUACUACACCAACAACCACAACUACUACACCAACAACCACAACUACUACACCGACAACCACCACUACUACACCUACAACUACAACUACUACACCAACAACCACAACUACUACACCUACAACAACAACUACUACACCUACAACCACCACUACUACGCCUACAACCACAACGACUACACCUACAACCACAACUACUACACCAACAACUACCACUACUACACCUACAACCACAACUACUACACCUACAACUACAACUACUACACCUACAACCACUACCACUACACCUACAACCACGCCUCCUUCAUUAGGGACUACUAGUGUGCCGUUGUAGUGCUAAAAACUUUGCAUGAUCAUAUACAGCUACAGAUCCAGCAGACGUCAGCUGGCGGUUAGGACGAGGGCUUGACAGAUCAGGACUGUGCCGAAAAAGGAAACUCGUCAUCCGUUUACUGUGUAUUCCCGUCUGAUGUAUCAAUACAUGUUCUGUUCUAUC